UAAUAUAUACAUUUUGCCCGCCAUCUUACCGUACACAAAUCCUAAUAACCAACCCAAAAACUCCACCGAAGCAAAAAAACCUCCCCGACAAACUUCUUUCACGAUUUCCCCACCGGUUAUCUUAUCACCGUCGCCUCCACCGCCACCACCGAUACCACCGUUCCACUGCCACUAACCUCCUGAAUUCCACAUUUUGCCCUCACAAAUUCUCCGAAGUUACCUACAAUGCAAUUUCUAGGGUUAGGGUUUUGGGGAACUAGAUGAAAUAAGAAGAACCAUGGACGAUUUCAAGGACUCGGUAUCGAAAUCGGUGAGCGAGACUGUGAACGGGUCGCACCAGUUCACGAUCAAGGGUUACUCGUUGGCGAAAGGGAUGGGCCCUGGAAAAUGUAUAGCCAGCGAUGUUUUCACCGUCGGAGGUUUCGAUUGGGUGAUUUACUUUUACCCCGACGGUAAAAAUCCGGAGGAUAGUGCUAUGUAUGUUUCGGUUUUCAUUGCUCUGGCCAGCGAAGGUACCGAUGUCCGUGCACUUUUCGAGCUCACGCUUGUGGACCAGAGUGGGAAAGGGAAGCAUAAGGUUCAUAGUCACUUUGAUCGGGCGUUGGAGAGUGGACCUUAUACGUUGAAGUAUAGAGGGAGCAUGUGGGGUUACAAGCGUUUCUUUAGAAGAACAACUUUAGAAACUUCUGACUAUAUUAAGGAUGAUUGCCUAAUCAUGAACUGCACUGUUGGAGUAGUCAGAACUCGCCUCGAGGGACCAAAGCAGUGUUCUAUUUCUGUACCGCCAUCAGAAAUGGGUCAGAAUCUUAAAGCCUUGUUGGAGUCUGAAGUUGGUUGUGAUAUCAUUUUCCAGGUUGUUGAUGAGAAAUUUAAAGCACAUAAGUUGAUCCUUGCUGCCCGCUCACCUGUUUUUAGAGCGCAGUUUUUUGGGCUUGUUGGGGAUCCUAACAUGGAUAAAGUAGUAGUGGAAGAUUUUGAGCCCUCUAUCUUCAAGGCAAUGCUUUUGUUUAUUUAUACCGACAAGCUUCCUGAUGUACAAGAGAUUACAGGCUCAACGUCCAUGUGUAUGUCUACCAACAUGGUGCAGCAUCUUUUGGCUGCUGCUGAUCUGUACAAUUUAGAUAGACUCAAAGUGUUGUGCGAGGCAAAAUUGUGUGAAGAACUUAAUGCUGACACAGUGGCAACAACCCUUGCACUAGCUGAGCAGCACCAUUGCGCACAGCUUAAGGCCAUAUGUUUGAAAUUUGCUGCAACUCCAGCAAACUUGGGAGCGGUAAUGCAGUCAGAAGGGUUCAGGCACUUGGAGGAAUGUUGCCCAUCUUUGUUGUCUGAGCUUUUGAAGACCUUUGCAUCAGGUGAGGAGAGCUUGAGUCAGCUGUCCAGUAGGAAGAGGAGUGGCAGCAGUGUAUACGGGAUGGAUCUAGCAGCAGAAGGUCCUGUGGCAGAAUCGGUGAAUCCUAAUGGCAGGCGUGUUCGGAGGCGUUGAAUUCCAAUGGUAGGCGUGUUUGGAGUGUUUCUAGGAUAUACAGUCCACAAACCUCUAGGGAGUGGAAUUUUAACAAAACGCUAGUUAUGUAUUGCAUGUUAAUAUUUAGUCAAAACUUGUAAUGCUUCUUUUUGUUUUUUCUCUGUAUAAAGUAACUCUGUUUUCUUGAGGGUUGAAACUCAUUCUUCGUUUUUCACAUAACCAGUUAUUUAUUUAUGGUGCAAUUAAUAGCUCAGUUGUGUUUUA